AAAUUAGUUUUUACUAGAAUUUAUACUUUAAAAAUUGUAUAACAUAUCUCAGUAAAAUUUGAUAACUAGUUGCAACACUGUUGGUUGGUUUAGUAUUUGAAAUUGUGUUGGGUUGUGCACAAUAUGUGGUGAAGUGGGUCAACAAAAGUAUUAAUUGCACAGUAUUUGAUUUCUUUUGUUUUUUUUGCACAUAUCGCUUAUUCAGUACAAGACUAGCAUAAGUAUAAAUUUGGAAUUUUUGAACUGAAUACUACUUUCUAAAAUCUUUCAUAUAGUUAUACAUAGUAUAGAUUUCUGGUAUAAAUUUAAAAGAUAAAAUUCAUAUCUUCACGAAUAUUUGAUAAGUCACAUUAAGGGUUUUAAGGAAAUAGUAAAUUGUCAUAAAAUAUUAUAACACGUUUUACUCGAAACGAUAUUUUGGGUGUUAUGGCAGUCAUGCAGUAAAUGAGCGAUGUUUUUUUAAAUGAGGCUAAAGUUUUUUUUAGUAUUUUUAUAUCCACCAUCAAAAAGAUGGGGAGUAUAUUGUAUUUGACAUUCCGUUUGUAACACAUCGAAAUAUUCGUCUAAGACCUAUAAAAGUUUAUAUAUUCUAAGACGACAAACAUGUUUUAUAGAAGCCAAAGUUUUUCAUAUUCUAUGAGUAUAGUUUUAUAAUUGACCCUACUCCAAUUAAGGUCCCCUUCAGGAAAUAAAUUAAACGCUCUACUGGCUUAAAACGAGUAUAGCGAUGAAAUUCCUCUCUGCCAAAUUUUAUGAGGAUUGGUCCAUAAUUGACCGUAUCCCCAUUACAGCAAAGAAAUUCGACGACAUGUUUUAUAGCAACAAAAAUUUCUCCCUAUCCCGAAAUCUGAUGUCUAAAUGAAUUUCGAAUAGUAAAAAAUCCAACACUUACUUUACAUUUUACAGCACAAAAUUUAAUGGUGGGUUACUUGUUGUUUUUGCUCUAAUUUUAUGUGUGGAUUCAGAUGUACACAUUCAACUUGUAUAAAGAAACAAACAAAAAAAUGUAAUUUGUCUAAUUUGCUAAUAACUCGCUUCUAUAUAUCUUCGGUUGUAAGUACUACAUUAGAGUUUUAAGAAUCCAAGUUGUAAAUAUUUAGUGUCAACAUCAACAAUAACAAAUUGCACUCAAUGCGGUUUUUAGCCAUUAGCGAUGAUAUUUAGUUGCAAACAAUAUUUAAGCAUUGAAACAUACUUACUUACAGUCCGACAUAUUCUCACUCGUCUAUCAGUAUGAAGACAAUUAUUUAUUUCUUAGUUUUUAGCGAAAUCCUUAAUAAUUGUAUAUACUACGUCGUUAGCACAUCUUCUAAUAAAAAGCAAACUUUUCUAAUGACAAAUAAGUCAAAUGAGAUUUUUCUUAGAAGAUCUAAAAGAUAUUUGGUAUUUGAAAAAGGAGCAUCAUUUUUUGUUCAGGGUAACAUGGCGAAAUCGAUAAUACCACCAGCACCUAGAGGUUUAAACCUAAUAGCUGAAUUCACCUUAAAUUACGAAUUGCCAACGGAUUUCUAUAUUUUUCAAAAGAAACAGGCAAAAACCACAAAGAACCCCUUGUCAACGAUGACAACUAAAAGUUCAUAUUCUAAAGAUCCCUACUAUCAACAUUAUGACAAGAUUGUACCCUACAAUCACGAUUACUACUUUAAAAUACAUCCGGAAUAUUUAAAUAUACAACAAAUUCAAAGGAAACACUCACAUUUAAAAAAGACGAUGCUUCAUCGGAAAUGUUUAAAGAAGAAUUUCUACGACUACAAUCGUAAAUUAGCGAGUAUUUGUUUAAAUCGUGCCAAACGUAACGAUGAAGUUUGGAGUAUUCAGAAAUUGACCAUUUCUCAAAGAAUGUUUUACGAUUUAAUCGAAAAAUGGUCUCUACUCCAUGGCUUUUCACCGCGUUACUGUUUCAUGCGGACUUUAUGCGAAUCAUCAGAAUUGUUGUUGCCGUAUGGUUAUUCCUUGUUGCAUGAUAUCAUUCAUAUAUUGCUCAGGUACACCAAACCAUGGGCUUUUCAUCAUAAAAUAUUUGGUCGUUCAUUAAGGCAGCCGUAUCCUAUCGAUGAAUGUGCUAAAUUGUAUGGUCCACAUUGUCGUGUAAGUUGGUUGGAUUUCGUAACCAAUGUGGUGCAUGGUACAAGGGCGGUCGAUUUUAUGCGUUAAAAAUCCUUUAUGGACAGACUAAACCAGAAAAUAAAAAUAAUAAAAAAUACAAAUUCUGUUGAUUAUAAAUUUGUUUGUUUUUGGUAAAUAAAAAUACAUAUCUACAUUUAUAUACACAUGAAUACGUAUGUACGUAGUUUGUAUGUGUUGUUCAUUUGUAACAUGUGUUCUGUGUGUAUGUACCCAAGUGAUAAUGAUUUUUAAUAAAUUCAUCCGUAUAUUUAUUGAAAGAAA